AUGUCCAAGGCGAUCUAUAUCUCACCAAUCGAUGGCAAACCGGGAAAGCCGGGUCAGGUCUACUACCCGCUAUCCCUGCGCACACUGCCCCGGCCUUCUCCGCAGGGCCGUGAGCUGCUCGUGAAACUGACCGCCGCUUCCCUCAAUCACCGCGACCUCUUCCUGCGCCAGCACCUCUACCCUGGUGUGACCUUCGAUGUGCCCUUGCUUGCUGACGGCGUAGGAGUCGUCGUCGGCGUUGGCCCGGACGUCUCGAACCCCGACAAGUGGCAGGGCAAUCAGGUGAUUUUGAACCCCGGUGUGGGUUGGAAGGACUCCCCCGAUGGACCGGAGGAGGCAACGGGCUACCGGAUUAUGGGGGGCACCAAGGUAUAUGACAAGGGGACACUGCAAGAAUAUAUCACCAUCGAAGACUCAGAGGUUGAAGUAGCCCCUAAGCACCUCUCGGAUGCAGAGGCUGCGGCUCUCCCUCUGACGGGAUUGACGGCAUGGAGAGCUCUGGUGACCAAAGCCGGCGACAAGAACUCCAAGGAUGGUUCCGCCGUCCUAAUCACGGGUAUUGGCGGAGGCGUCGCAUUGAUGGCGCUGCGGUUUGCAGUGGCACGAGGCGCGGAUGUUUUUGUGACGAGUUCCAAUGAGGAGAAGAUCCAGAAGGCCGUCGAGCUCGGUGCGAUGGGUGGCGUGAGUUACAAAGAAGAAGGCUGGGAUAAGAAGGUGUUGGGAAUGCUCCCGUCUGGCAAAAAGAGCUUUGAUGCUAUCAUCGAUGGUGCUGGCGGAGAUUCCAUCGAAAAAGCUGUCAAGCUGGUCAAGACCGGUGGGGUUCUCUCCGUCUAUGGGAUGACGGUAUCUCCCAAGAUGCCAUUCCCGAUCCAGGCCGUUCUCAAGAACAUCGAUGUUCGUGGCUCCACGAUGGGCUCUCGAAAGGAGUUCAAGGAGAUGGUUGAGUUUGUCGACUCGAAGAAGAUCCACCCGGUUAUAUCACGGGUGCUGCAGACCGAGCUGGAUGACCUAGCCGCUAUUGACGGGCUGUUCGUGGACAUGAAGCAGGGCAAGCAGUUUGGAAAACUGGUGAUUGACUUUGGCACGUCGUCCUCGAGCAGAAAGUUGUGA